GAGUGGCUUUUCUACUUUUGUCGCACACUGAGAGGGAGCUGUGUGACUUUAACCAGCCUCGGUUCACUCCUCGGGUCGGGACCUCCUCUGUCUGUCUGAUAGCAGGAGUCACACUGAGGAUUUACACAGGGAUCAGGUCAGACUUGGACUGGGUGUGUGGAGUGGAGGUGGACCAGAGAGUGAGACAAACACCAGCAGCACCAGUUUCCCACGGACUCCAAGAGGGCGGGGGUUGGAUGUGUUGUGUUUUUUUGAAGGGGUAGCCUACCACACAUACACACACAUACACAAAUACACACACCCCUCCUGAGCAGCAUCCUGAGCAGCAGGUCUUGUAGUCAUUUCCACUUUACUCAUCAGACACAGUUGAGCAGCAGCAGCAGUGUGAAGGCGACCGGAGCCUAACAUGCCGAGCAAGAGCCAGUAUCUGCGCCCCCGGCUGUGCACGCUGGAGAAGGGGGACAACGGCUACGGCUUCCACCUCCACGGGGAGAAAGGUAAGACGGGGCAGUUCAUCCGGUUAGUGGAGCCCGACAGCCCGGCUGAGACCUCGGGACUCCGCGCCGGAGACCGGCUGGUGUUCGUGAACGGGGAGGAGGUGGAGAACGAGAGCCACCAGCAGGUCGUGUCCCGGAUACGAGCCACCGUGGGCCGGCUGGAGCUCGUCGUGGUGGACCCGGACACGGAGCAGCUGCUGAAGAAACACAACAUGAAGUGUCUGAAGGAGUAUGUCAGCGACGGCAUCCCGUUACCUUUCGACGAUGAGGAGGAGGUGGAGGCGGAGGAGGAGGAAAGAGAGGAGGUGGUGGUGGUGAAGGAGCAGGAGCAGGACGGGGACGGGACUGUGAAUGGGGAUGAGAGGCACGCCAAGCGGGGUGAGGAGGUGGAGGAGGUGGAGGAGCAGGGGGAGGAGGAGCGGGAGGAGACACCCAGGGAGUCCACGCCGGUGCCGGAGAGUAACGGAGAGAUCCACGUGCACGUGGAGAAGAAGCUGAGCAUCAACUCUGAGAAGGAGGUGUUGUGCGCUGAGCUGCGGCCACGUCUCUGCAUGAUCCAGCGAGGGUCAAACGGAUAUGGCUUCAACCUACACAGUGAGCGGGCGCGGCCGGGGCAGUAUAUCAGAGCUGUGGAUGAGGACUCUCCAGCAGAGAGGGCAGGCCUGCUGGCCAAGGACAGGAUAGUGCAGGUGAACGGUCAGUCAAUAGAGGGGAAGACACAUUCAGAAGUCGUGGCCGCCAUUAAAGCAGGAGGGAGAGAGGUACAUCUGCUGGUGGUGGACCCCGACACAGACGCCUUCUUCAAGAAAUGCAGAGUGGCCCCCACCUCGGACCACCUCACCGGUCCACUGCCUGAGCCUGCCAUUAAUGGAGGAAUGGAGGAGAAGGUGAACGGCAGAAAAGCCAAAGAGGCAGAGAGGGACUCAAAGCUGUCAGUCAGUCCGUCUCCAUCCAAUGCCUCGUCCAACACCUCGCUCACGACCCCGCCUGCAAACACCCCACCUGAGGGUUUUAUCGCAGACGCCAUCCCAGCACUCAACCUGACCCUGCAGCAGGUCAAAGAGCUCGCCCACCAGAAACGCUCCAACAAGAGAGCCCCGCCCAUGGACUGGACCAAGAAAAAUGAACUCUUCAGCAACCUAUAGGGCACCUCACUGCACCUCACACACACACACACACACACACACACACACACACACACACACACACAGAUUUAUAGUGAUUCUUACAAAGAGACGUCAGAAAGAUAUUUUUUACUGUCAUGAAAUUAAAACCUUAACUACUGGCACCAGACAAAUCAAGCCAACCUGUAAAAUAUAGUCCUCCUAUUAUUAUUACUCUUCAUUUUAUUAUAACCCAGACGUUAUAAAUAAAUGUAUAAUGUGCUACUAACAAUGAGAGAUGCAUAUGCCAAUGACAGAGAACUGGACCGUGUUGAAAGUAUGUGUGUAUGUGUAUCUAUCCUUUGUGUGUGUGUGUGUGGACCCUGACAGCCCCUGCUGGCCAGAGUCUGGUGCCUGUGGAAACGAGGAGGAGUUGACCUAAUGACCCUCCUCCUCCUCCUCUUCCUCCUCCGUCUGCUCAUCUGUCCUUUAAAAGUUUAUACUAACAUUUAAUACAUCAGUGUCUUCAACAGCAGGAGUGAAACUAGCUCGACAAUCCGUUCAUCACAUACGUUUAGUUUCUUUUUAUGAGUUUGUUUGGGAUCAAACAUCUGACUGAACAGUGAGGUUUUAUUUGUGUAGAUGACACUUUACAUGUUAAAGCCCUUUUUUCAAUUUUAAGAAAGUAUAUGAUCCCAAAAUUAGUUAACCACCAUUGCUUUCCUCAUAUCCUGAUGUGACCUUCCUUACUGUUGGCUUUAAACUGGAAAGAACUGUGUUUUAAAGAUGGUUCUCUUAUAUUGUAUGUAUAUAAAUAUAUAUAUAAAUAUAUCAUAUCAUAUGUAUAUUUUUACAUUUUUGACAAAUUCUGAAAAUACCUGUCCGUUUCUUGCUACAAAACUGUCCAGCAUUUAUCCAUACUCUGUCUGAAUAUAUGAUAUCAUCUUUAAUUAAAUGUGAACUUCAGUUUAUUCUGAGUAACUUAUACCGUCCUCACUUCCUCACUUCAUGUCCGCUUCAGUUCACAUUUUGGAGCAUAAAAUGAAAUAUUUUUAUUGCUCCUGAAGGAAUGAGAUUUUUACAGGUUUCUAUCAAUGUCUUCGAAACAAUAAUUAUGUAACUUUGAGAUGAUGUAUUUCUAAGACAAUGUCUGUGCUUCACUAGAUUUUAUGCAUUUGUCCAGUGUUAAGAAUAGUGAUGAUUUUUCAAACUGAAUGAUUGAAUUAUAUGAAGUUUUUUUUGUAGCUUGUGUAAGAAUAAGCAAUUUCUAUACUGUAAUAAAUCAGUCAUCACAGCAA